AUGGCCCGAAUUGCCACCUUGCUGACCGCCGCCCUGGCCGCGACAGCCACUGAGGCGUUUCCCACGCCCGAGAACAUCGCCAAAUUGGCCCGGAGUACCGGUACCGGGACCGGGACCGAUGGCCUAGGCUCGAUCUCGGACCUCCACGCCGAAUUGCUCCGUCUCCGCGACGAGCAGGCGGUGCUUACAAAGAAGCGCAGCUCCAGCCCGAGCCCCAUCGACGUCUCUGGCGACCACGCGUUUGUGCCGCCCUCGGAGGGCGACCAGCGCGGGCCCUGCCCCGGUCUCAACGCGCUGGCCAACCACAACUACGUCAGCCACGACGGCGCCAUCUCGGUCGUCGAGCAGAUCAAGGCGGCCACCGAGGUGUUCAACUUCGGCGUCGACCUCGCCACCGUGCUCGGCCUGAUCGGCGUGCUCUUCGUCGGCAACCCGCUGUCCGCCAACCCCAGCUACUCCAUCGGCGGGGCCACCCCGGAGGUCGAGAACCUGCUGGACAACCUGGGCGGUCUGCUCGGCACGCCCGAGGGCCUCGAGCACAGCCACAACAUCAUCGAGUCUGACGCCUCGUCCACGCGAGACGACCUGUACCAGACGGGCGACGCCGGGACGCUGAACCUCGACUUCUUCACCGAGCUGUACGAGUCCAUCGAGGGGGACGCGCUCACCCGCGAGGAGGUGGCCGAGCACGCCAUCCGCCGCUUCAACCACUCGAUCGCCAACAACCCCUACUUCUGGAACGGCCCCGUCACGAACGUCAUGAUGCGCCCCGUCGGCUACGUCCUCGUCAACGACAUGCUGGCCAACCACACGGACAACAACCCGGACGAGACGACCUCCAAGGCCGUGCUCAGGUCCUUCUACAGCAUCACCGAGGACCCCAGCAACGGCUCCCUGUCCUACACCCGGGGCCACGAGCGCAUCCCCGAGAACUGGUUCCCGCGCCAGACGCCCUACACCAUCCUCGACUUCAACGCCGCCGAGGCGGCCCUGCUCCUCAAGAAGCCCGAGCUGCUCAGCGUGGGCGGCAACACGGGCACGGUCAACUCCUUCACGGGGAUCGACCUGGGCAACCUGACGGGCGGGGUCUUCAACGCCGCGAGCCUGCUCGAGGGGAACAACCUCGUCUGCUUCGCGCUCGAGGUCGUCAAGUUCGCCGGGCCCAACGCCCUGUCGUCGGCGCUCAAGACCCUCUCGGAGCCGGUCGAGCUGCUGGGCAGGAUUGCCGCGCCGCUGGUGGACCUGUCGUGCCCCGUGUUUGAGGACCUGACGCUCGGCGGGACGAGCUUCUGGGACCAUGCGUUGCAGACGUAUCCCGGCGCGAACAAGAGCGGGUCGGCUUUGUGA